AUGGAGUUAGCUUUGAGCUUAGGUCAUCAAACCCCAAAACCCAAUAUUUCGUUUCUUGAUCAAAAGAAAUCCCAGAAGAUCGUCGGCGAUGAUUUAGGGUUCUGCAUGGCGGUCGGUACUAGUACUGGUAACGACGGCGCCGGAAGACGUAAGCAAACCGGGUUUUCCGAUGGUCAAAUAAGAAGAAGAACAAGUUCGUCAGAUUCGCCGCCGGUUCAACUCGAUCUUCUCCCUUUCUCUCCGGUUAAUUACAGAACCCAACCUUCUUCUAACAAGUUAUCUUUCCCUUGGCUUAAUCAAAACUUGGGUGCUGAAGUUGUAGGAAGAGGGAUGGAAAUUAACCUUAAAAGAAACGAAGAAGCAAUAUUAUUACAAGGGGCGUCAAAUAAUAAUAAUAAUUCAUCAUCGUCUCCAAAUAGCAGCACAGUUUCUUCGUUUCAGAUGAAUUUCUCAGUAUUCAGACCAAACUCAGCAAUCAGCCGAAAGAGAGGUUUUGAAAAAAUCGCAGAAAAUAAUAAUAAUAUUAACAGCUGUGAAUUAUUAGGUGAAGCAGAUCGUAUUAGAGGAAGCGACGACGACAACGACAACGACAACGACGAAGAUGAAAUCAAUGGCAAUAAUAAUAAUAAUAUGUCAAGAAAAAAACUGAGGCUCACGAAAGAACAGUCUGCCUUUCUUGAAGACAGCUUCAAAGAACACAACACCCUCAAUCCUAAACAGAAGGUAGCUCUUGCAAAGCAGUUGAAUCUUCGUCCUAGGCAAGUUGAAGUAUGGUUCCAGAACAGAAGAGCCAGGACAAAAUUGAAGCAGACAGAGGUAGAUUGUGAGUAUUUAAAAAGGUGGUGUGAGACACUGACACAAGAGAACAAAAAAUUACACAAAGAGUUGUCUGAAUUAAAAGCACUUAAUUCUCACCCCAACAGCUUCUUCAUGCAACUUCCUCCUACUACCCUCACUAUGUGCCCUUCUUGUGAAAGGGUGGCCCCCACCACCGCCGCCGCCGCCCAAUCUCCGGUCACCGCCACCACCGCCGCUGCUUCUAAACACUUUUCACUUUCACCUUCUCAUAUUGCUCAUGCCCAGCAUGCUUCUUGAUUACCACUAGGUUUAAUGAUAAUUCAAACAUUAUUAGCUAGAGAGACAGUUAAACAGAUUUUUUAUUUUUUUAAUUUUAUAUUUUAUAAUUUAAAUGUGUAUAUAUUGUAGUUGGGAUUGUACAAUAUAUCCCAUGUUUUUUGUUUGACUGAUUUGUUGAUUUGUAAUGGGAUAAUAUAUGCAUGAUUUUUUG